AUGGCGGUUGGGGUCAAACAACUGUUCAACGGGGAGCGUUUGGACGCCAACACAACGUCAAAAUUCAAAAUUAUGAGCCCUGCGCAUAUAAAUUCCGGUCCUCGAGAUGCAACUCCCACAGCAACAGCGAGCUACGACGGCGAUGAGAGCGCAUACGAUAUACGGCUUGAAGACGGCAUAAUGAACGGGAGCGAUAGCCCGCCUCUGCUUGGGCAGAUUGGCCAGCGGUCCAAGCGAGUUCUUCUUUCAACCAGUACGCCGUUCGCCGAUACGAUUGUCCGUUCACUAUAUCGAGAUCCCGACGUCGAGCUUCGAUUAAUCGUACCGCAGGGAUUGAAGGUUGGACAGAAUGAGCUGGAAACGGUCAAGUGCUAUGAAGACGCACCACAGCGAGUUACAGACACCACCAGCCAGCCUUUGAGAGCACAGUUCAACAUGACGGCUGCGAGUCUUGCAGAUUGGGCGGAUCUGUUGAUUAUAAGCCCCAUGGAUGCCGGAACGCUUGGGUCAAUGGUUUGUGGAUUAACUACGAGCCUUACACUGACUCUGCUGCGAGGCUGGGAUGUUUCUAAGUCUAUUAUUCUUGUUCCAGGGAUGACCGCUCGCCAGUGGGUUGCGCCUAUCACGAGAAGACAUCUUGACGAUAUCCAAGUCUUCUGGCCGUGGGUGAAGGUGCUUCCUCCUAUUCUUUCCAAGUUCGAAGCCCCAGAUCGGCUUGUGGAGUUGCCCUGGGACGGGAGAGAAUCGUUUUACGACGAGGUUAGAAAGGGUCUGGGGUGGUCUGUCAGGGUAGACAGUGAAGAUGUCCCUUUGCACGAAGUGGAAAGACACGAGAAGGGAGACGACCAGAGCAGGCAAAACGGGACUGUCCUCCCCGUUGCAAACCUCCAGACAAGUCAUAACUUUUCUUCGCAGACUACGAUUACACAACCCACUCCGACACAGCCUGCUCUUCCUUCCGAACUGCUGUCUAUGAUAUUUGAAGCCCUGGGUGACUGGGAGACCGCCGCCGCCGUGGGCGUUUACACUCGAAUACCAACCCCCGAUCAGUGGAAACCCCUAAUACCCCGAUCACAAUCCUCGCAAUGUACCCUUGAAUAUGCAAUUUUAAAACGGCCGUUCUCCGAAAUCGAACAGUACCUCUCCUCGGCUUCACCAUGGAAGCCAUUGUCCAUGUUAUCUGCACAUCUUAUCCUCAAGUUUUCUCGCAUAGAUAUAUUAGACUUCAUAAUCAAAUCUAGAUCGGAUAUCUUCUGGUCUACACCACGACUUUUGAACCUCCCAUUCCGAGCUUCGGCUAUAUAUGGCAAUACAGCCCUCCUUGACUGGUGGCUUCACUGCACCGAACUGCCAAAGAAAGAUUACCUAACAGAUGCAAUGGACUCAGCUUCGCGCGCUGGAUUCAUCCAUGUCCUCGAAUGGUGGCGCAAUUCCGGUCUACCACUUCUGUACACCGAGCGAGCACUCGAAUCAGCAUCGGCAGAAGGCCACGUUGCCGUGCUAUCUUGGUGGAGAAAUGCAUCUGAAUGCUCCCCCGAGCACGCCCUGCCGUUAAAAGUUGGUAAAUCCGUUCUUCUCGCCGCUCAAUCCGGCAAGACAAAUUCCAUAGCCUGGUGGGAUCAGUCUGGGAUACCGUACUCAUAUACUGAAUCCGUGGCCCGCAUCGCCAGCACCCAUGGCCAUGUCCAUGUGCUAGAACUUUGGUAUAAAUUGAAGGGGUCCAAAAUGAUCUUCGAUAACCAGGUUCUCGUCGGUGCCACGAAAAACGGGCAUGUGGAUGUCCUCGAAUGGUGGCGAAGAAGCGGAUUGCACGUCGAGUUCAAGACAUGUGAUAUUGAAGAAGCGUUAGAGGAUGCAAUAACUGGUGCAGAGGAGCGUGUGCGCCAAUGGUGGGAGAGAAACGGUUUGAAUUUAGGAGUUGGAACCAGUGAGUGGAUGAAAGUGAAGGUUUUAUGA